AUGUCUCGGUUCUUGCAGAAAUCAGUACCACUGAUCCUCUUCGCAGGGGUAGGUGUCUACACCGGCGUCAAGUUUUUCGAGCCAUUGGUGAUAAACCAACUAGAGAAGGAUGGAAACCUGCGCACAGAUAUACCCGUUCCACAGUACGACUCGGACGGAAACAGAAUAUUUUCAGGUAUAAGUGCGGCUGAUGUCGAAACGUGCCUUUCCGAGCAGGUAAAAGAUGAAAAUGCCAGAUGGUAG